UUUGGUGAAGAGGGUGAAGUUAAUUCGGGUUCAGUGUUUCUCCGCGCUUAGUCGUCGGUUUAGCGUCUCACUUUUGUUAGUGUCGGGUUUGAGUUCUGCCAAGAGCUCGUCUGAGGUGUAAAGUUUUGGAUUGGAGGAGACUUACUUGUUGCUUGAUCUGUAAGAAAUCCGUUUAUUUUUUUAUGUUUCGGAGAAUUUGUGCGGUUGAAUUAGUUCUAUUUAUGUGAACGUCUAUUUUUUGUUUCAUAACUGAUAAACUCUUUAAUUAAACAAGGUAUCUGCUAAAAAGCUGCCUAGUUACUAACUGGUCUCAUAUAUUGUAACGAAUUAUCAUAAAAAAAGGCGUACGAGUUGGCUCGGCAUUAAUAGAUUUUUUCCGUUUGAUAAAAAAAUUAUAUUUAUGGAGAAAAGUUAGAAACUCUAAUGAAGCUUUCCUGGAAUAUUUUAUUCUUCGCCAUUUUGGAAGUUAUAAAUUCAACCAAAACAGGUCUUAAAUGGGUUAGGGUAAAUGUACCCCAAUUCAGAAUACCAGGAGAAACGGCUCAAUUACAGUGUGAAUUCGAUUUAGGAAAUGACACUCUUUAUUCUGUUAAGUGGUAUAAGGAUCACGAGGAAUUUUAUAGGUAUUUACCGAAAGCUAGGCCCCAGUCAACUUCUUACAGGGUAGAAGGAGUUCAAGUUGAUAUGCAAAAGUCAAGCAGCAAGAAAGUAGUGCUGCAUUCGGUCAAUUGGAAGACUACUGGUAUUUACAAAUGUGAAGUGUCUGCAGAGGCGCCAUCUUUUGCCAGUGCCCAAAGCGAAGCAAAAAUGGAAAUAGUAUCUCUACCUGAAGAGGAUCCAAUAAUUACGGGAGUUAAAGACGAGUACAGCAUAGGAGAUGAAAUAAAUUUAAAUUGUACUUCAGGAAAAAGUAGGCCUCCAUCGAUGCUACAUUGGUAUAUAAAUGAACAACAGAUACAAAAACCUGAAGCAUUAAUCCAGUAUCCCAUUGAGUACCAUACAAAAGGAUUAGUUACCACCACCCUUGGGCUAAAGUUUACUUUAAACAAUCGGCAUUUUUUGGGCGGUUCAAUGCGUGUCAAGUGCGUAGCGUCUAUAAUGCCCGCACUUUUUGGAGAAGAUAGAGAAUCAGAAGUUCAAAGUCUGCCUAUUAUGAGAGAUACUAGAGAGGCGCUGUUACUGGGAAGGGGACGUGGAUCAGCAUUCUCGAUUAAAUCAAGGAACAAAUUAAACGACACUGAACGAAGUAGGAAAAAUCAUGAUGAAUGAUUGAUGAUCAACCAACAAUACAGCUACAAACAAAUUACCCCUGAAUAGGUUGACUGAGAAUAUCAAAGUUUUCCUGCUACACCAUCUAUGGGUCGGCCAUCUACUCCGACUAGUGAUACCACUACUAAUGUCAUGCUACCUACCCGAUUUACAAAUCGUCAAAAGAAAUCGCCCUUAAAUAAUAAUGAAAUAGCCGAAGUUAUGUCAAAAAUUAGCAAAAAAUUGGAAUUAUUACAGGAAGAUUCACGUAACCGAUUUGGAAAACAUAUCGCUGAUAGGCUUCGAGCAAUCCAUCCUGAUCAACUUAAGUUUGCAAUGAAACUUAUCUCUGAUGUUUUAUUUGAAACGGACAUAUUAUCGUUAAAUAGAUAUUCCAAAAUUAUAACUGAAGACCAACACCCUCCUCCUUAACAAUUCCAAGUCCAGGCUGGAUUCAAGAGUAAUAAUCCAUAAUACAACCACGCUGGAGGAACCCGCUAAUACAAGUUUUACUUUUUGCAAUAUUGAACAUUAUGUUAAACAUUGCAUUAUGUUUAGUAUUUUUUAAGCCCAAUGAGGGUAUUUAAAGAAAUAAGA